UCUGACGUCAUUUGAAGUCGACACUCGUUUGCUAGUCAAAAACAUGGAGGGAUGUUAGCAGAGCAGUGGAGCGGUAAAGAAACCAUGUCCAGUGAAAUUGAAAAGACAUGCCGUAGAUGCCAAGUAAACCUAGUAGUGAAGGGGGUCAUAACACAUACAAAACUUUUAUAUAGAUGCGCACAAGCGAACGAGAGGUUAGUAAGCGAACGUUUUAGAGAUGUCGGCGUCGUCCUGCCAUGUAGACCCGGCGUCUAUUCUGGGAGGAUUUGCAUGAAAUGUUUCAGACUGCUUGCCAGGGUUGAAGAAUCCCAAAACAUUUUAAAGAAAUGGCAGUCUGAGCAUAACGUGGUGGACGAAGAAGAAGACGAAGGCCAAAGCAGAGAGAAGAGGGACCGUGACACGCCAACGAAGACGCCAAGGAAAAAGAAGCUUUGUCUCCCGGCAUCUCGUGUCAGCACGACAGAGGUGUACAUCAAAUACCCCAGUAAGGUAAACCCAGAGAGGUACAGAUGUGACGCUGACAUCAGUGGCGUGAUAAGUAAUCUGGCAAAGGGCAACUUCACCACGGCAGCCAGACUGAUGUUGCAGCAUGAGAAUCUCAUAGACGUGCUCAAACCUGCAAUGGAGACAGUUAUUGACAAGGAGUGCCAGCGUCUUUGCCACCAAAGGGAGGGUUUCAUGCUGUGGAAGAGUCCCCCAGAAGAACUGAGGAAUUUCUCCUUACACAACCUUAGAAAGGAUUUGGAACGGAUGGCACCAUUCAUGUUCUCUCUGAUCUGCACCAUAUCUGGAAUGCAACACAACCAUGCCUGUGCUGCUGCUGCCAUUGCCCUUCGAGGGAGGGAGAACCGUCUUUCAGCCUUUUCGUACUACAUCAACAGUGUACUGCAGUACGGUGGAGCCAAGAAAUCAGUCUUCGAACGACUAUGCAAGAUGGGGAUCACCACUACACAUUCCAGGGCUGUCCUCAAACAACAUGCCAUGUCAACAAUCUGUGGAGAAGAGCUACAAAAGAUAAAAGCUCAAAAAGAAUCACGUUCCACUACCACAGCACAGGAGAGCAUAGGACAGCCGACUACUCCACAUCUCAGUUUUCAGUGCGAGUUGUCAGAAUCCCUGAUGUCAGACCUGGGUAUAGGUUUACUAGACAUAAAUGAUGAUGAUGACAUAACACCAACCCUCCUGAUGUCUCCACCACAGCCUUCUGCCCCACCUGUGGUCUGUGAAGAGGGCGACACAGCAGCACCAACCCUCCUGAAGUCUCCUCCACAACCUUCUGCCCCACCUGUGGUCUGUGAAGAGGGCGACACAGCAGCACCAACCCUCCUGAAGUCUCCUCCACAACCUUCUGCCCCACCUGUGGUCUGUGAAGAGGGCGACACAGCAGCACCAACCCUCCUGAUUUCUCCUCCACAAGCUUCUGCCCCACCUGUGGUCUGCGAAGAGGGUGACACAGCAGCACCAACCCUCCAAACUUCUACUCUUCAACACACAAUACCACCCACUUAUUCUGUCAUAUUUGACAAUUUGGAUUUCUUUGUACAUGUACACCACCAAACAACUGACAACCCCAAUAAAUCAAUUCACUGGACCCACCAUGUUGUAGUGGAGGACAGAAUCCCAUUGCAUCACCUCAGUGAUGAAAAGCCAGUCACCAAUCUGGAAAACUAUGACCUUUCCAACUCUCUGCCUAAUGUUGAAACCCAAAAAGUCCUGCGUAGGGACUUCAUAGUUCUUGUCAGCAGGAUUAUCAGCAAACAUCUUGCAGCAUUCAAGCCUUUCUCCUCAGUGGUGGUUCGUCACAUACCCCAUCAGUAUUCAGACCAUAUGUCGAAGCCAUCCACCUCACAAUGCCAAGGCGGGACCACAUAAGGCCUACAACCCUUAUAAGGAGGUGGUCAAGAAAGACACAGCGGCACUACUUCUGGCAGCUACAAUGGAGCAGUUGGGCCUGAAAAAUGCCCAUGAUGUUCCAGAUGGUCUGAUACCUGAGGAGGUGUUACAGGGGACAGAGGAAGAGAAAAGGAGAUGGCUGCACAAGAUGGUUGCAGAGGUUAUAGACUCUUUUGCUCUGUUUAAAGACCUUGAUGUUGCAGAUAGUGUUGGGCAGCCACCAGAAAAGACAAAGUUUCAAUGUAGAGCAGCUGGUUGUAAGAAGAUGUACAAAUUCCCCAAGUCACGGUCAACACAUGAGCAGAAUAAACAUGGCGUAACAUAUGAUAACCCUAUGACAGAGUCAAGUACUCAGAGAACCUCAAACUCAGACUAUGUGAAGGAACACUCUGAAGCCAGGCUCAGGUUUGGGUUAUUCUUAGCAGACAUGCAGGAUGCUAUAAAGGAGGGGGAUGGAGAAAGGCUCAUGCUCCUGUACAGGGUGGCUUUGUUGUACUACAAGGUCUAUGGGUACACUCACUAUGCUUACAGUACACUGCUUCUCACAGUUCAGCUCAAUGCCACCUUGUCUCCUCGGAUGGCACAUUCAGUGACAUGGAACAGGUUUUUCAGUGGGAAGGGAGGAAAGGGAAGGAACAUUCCUUUGGAUCUUCACCUAGAGCAACUUAAUAAUUUCCUAAAGUCAUUCUUAAAAGGUGUAGGUUCGAACCUGACUGACAGCACUGCCUUAAGGAUCAGUAAGUACUUAGAGACCUACUGGACAAAGUUGACCAAGAAAUAGGGAUCUCAUGUCCAUCUGGUUAUCACAAGAAUAGCAGAGAAGAUGAGGACAUCUUAGUACUUGUUCAAGUAUGCAUGGAGACAGGGCUUUUCAGGAAUUGCCCCGGUAGAGAGCACGCAGCUUUCCCGGCCUUCAAGAAAAAUCUCUUCUCCAAGCUCAGUUACAGGGAUUUGUGGCAAUGGAUGAGGAGCAAAUUAAACAAAUUUAGCAUGGUGCACAUCUAAGAUGAUACAAAGAAAAUAUUUUUGAUUUAUUUUUUGGGGUGGAAGCAAGUACUCCUGUACUGUAACUCAAGUACAAAUUUAACAGGGCAACUUUCACUUGUAGUUGAGACACCCUGUCACAAUACUUAUAUAUUUCUUUUGAUCUCUUGCAAUCAUGGGAAUUUUCUUUCUGAAAAAAAGUACAUAACCAUAAAGAUGAAAAUGUGUAUCUUGUCAGGAAAAUGUUUGUUCAUGUAGACUUAUGUAUCAAUGCUUCUUAUUUAUUGAACACUGAAUAAAUGAAGCCAU